AUGGCAGAAUACUGGAAAUCAGCUCCCCGAUUCUGGUGCAAACAAUGCAAGAUAUUCAUUCGUGAUACACCCUUCGAGAAAACCCAGCAUGAAGCGAGUGCCAAACACCAGGGAAACCUUAAGCGCUUUCUACGAGAUAUCCACCGGGAAAAUGAGCGGAAGCAACGAGAGACACAGAAGGCGAAGGACGAAGUCGAGCGAUUAAGGCAAACUGUCGCAGGAAAACCAGGCGCAAAGGACAGCGGCGGAGCACCCUGGAAACGCACCCCGGCUGCGCCUCCCCCGGCGGAACGACCUGUAUCCCUGGAAGAGAGAAAGAAGCAGAUUGCACAGCUGGCAGAGAUGGGAAUCGCUGUCCCAAAUGAAUACCGUGGUGAACUCGCGCUCGCUGGCGAAUGGCAGACGGUAUCCGAACGGGUGAUCCGACCAGUUGACGAUGCCGAGGAAGGAAAACCCGGUAGCUCUAUUGGGGUUCGCAAACGAAAGAUGGAAGGUGAUGAGGAAGAGCAGGAGGCACGACAGGAGGCUGAGCGAUUCGUGAGUCAGGGUUGGGGCUCGAGGACUCGGCAGUACCCUGGUGCGCAGAGCGAUGCAGAUCUGGAUGCCCUUCUUGAUUCUACCAAGGAUGUAAAGAAGGUCAAAUUGUCCACGCCGGAUGAACAGUCCAAAGAGAAGGCUAGCAAAGAGGGUGCUACCCCAAACAACGAUGCUGCGGCACGGGAGUCAGAACUACCAUCGGUCAAGUCUGAGGAAAAAGAAGCGGCGCAGCUUUCUAUAUCAGAUACUCCAGCGGUGAAGCAGGAAGACGAGGCGGCGCCUACAGGAGUUGUUUUCAAGAAGCGCAAGCCGAAGGUUCUGAGAAAAUAG